CUGGAUUAUACAUAAUUAAUAUUCACAGUAUUCAUAACAGGUCAGCCAAAGCCUACAGAUCUAAUUAACUAAAGAUGGCAGAAAAACAAUGGCAAGCACCGGUACAGAUGCAGCCCCGACAAGGGUCAGAGUGGAUGACCACGCCCCAGUCAGUUACCGGGAUACCCCAGGGACUGGAAUACUUCAGUGCUUUGGAUCAAAUUAUCGUCAAACAGAGGGUGGAACUACUGGAAGUCAUAACAGGAUUUGAAACGAAAAACAAAUACGACGUGCUGAACAGCGUUGGACAACAAUGUUAUUUUGCUCAAGAAGAGUCGGAGUGCUGUCACAGAAUUUGCUGUGGAUCAAACAGAGAGUAUGUGAUUCAUAUAUCGGACAACACGGGCCAGGAGGUGAUGCGGGUCCGCCACGACUUCGUCUGCUGCGUUGGAUGUUGCUGGUGUGCAACCGACUCUUCCUGUGGUUAUGAAGUCCAGAUCGAGGCUCCAGUCGGAAACAUCAUCGGCUAUGCCAAACAGCAAAAUUCAAAAUGGAAGCCGCAUUUCCGUGUGUUCGAUGCUAACCGUCAGCCAUUGUACGUCAUCCGAGGCCCCUGCUGCGGUUGCCAGGCUAUUUGUUGCACGGAUGAUGUCAACUUUCCUGUAACGGAUUUGACGGAAACGAGCGAUGUUGGUCGGAUUUUUAAGCGUGCCUGUGGCUGGGCCGGGUGUGGGCGUGAAGCAUUCACGGAUGCCGACACCUUUGGAGUAACAUUUCCCCUCGAUAUGGCGGUAACGAGUAAGGCCCUUCUAUUUGGCACCGUCUUCCUUGUGGACUUUUUGUACUAUGAAACAUCAGAAGACGAUAAUUAACUGUGGAAGAAAUACUGGGUAUUAGCGGGAUACAGUAGAACGCAUACAGACCCACGGACAAUUCGUGCCUCAUACUAUAGAUACUGGGCUGUAUAGAUACGCACACAAUAUCAAAAGCUGUACACAUCUGGAUUGUUUCGUGGGGCUUUCUAUUGAGGAAAAGAGGACGAGCCAGUAAAAUGUAC